AUGGACGCUCAACUCCCUACCAAGCUCCCCUUCUCCAAGAAGAGACUGCGCGCGAGGAUAAUCAUAUCAUACAUCUUAGACUAUGUGAUCUUAUUCGCGCUCAUUGCGGGAUUCUUCAUCCUCGACCGUGUUGAGCCCUUCCACCAGCCCUUCGCUCUCCAGAACUACACCCUACACUACCCAUACGCCGUCAAGGAACGGGUUUCCAUCCCUCUCGCCCUCGCGAUCUCCGGCGGGUUCCCUAUCCUCGUCAUCAUCGUCUAUACGAUCGUUCUCGACGGACUGUUCUCGCAUAGCAAACCUCUGAACCUGACGACUGGGAAGAGGAGGCUGACAGGCAAAUACCGGUUCAAGGACAGGCUGUGGGAGCUGAACUGCGGCGUGCUUGGAUUGGUGUUGGCUCAGGCAGCGGCAUUCGUUAUCACAGGCGCAUUGAAGAAUGCUUGCGGGAAACCUCGACCGGAUCUGAUUGAUCGAUGCAAGCCGUCGAGCUUUGAGAUUCCACCGUUCGGGCUGUCGAAUUCCUCGAUAUGCACCCAGACUAACCAUGAGAUUUUAAAGGAUGGAUUCCGAUCAUUCCCAUCAGCUUCCUUUGCUGGUCUCUUCUACCUAUCUCUCUACCUUGCCGGAAAGCUACAUGUCAUGGACAGCCGUGGAGAAGUCUGGAAGGCCUUCAUCGUCAUGGUACCUACUCUCUCUGCUGGACUAGUUGCCGUAUCACGCAUUAUGGAUGCACGACAUCAUCCCUUCGACGUCAUCUCCGGCUCACUGCUCGGAGUCGGCUGUGGCUGGGUUGCAUACCGCCAGUACUUCCCAUCCCUCGCGGAACCCUGGAAGAAGGGCAGAGCCUACCCCAUCCGUACCUGGGGAUCGAUCCCAGAACCUCCCGUAUACAGCGGUCGUCGACUGCUCGAGUACGAACAUGACCAGGUGAAAUUAGUCCCCCGCACGGAUGAAGAGUAUCAGGCUGGGGCUGGGGCUCAAGAUCGACCGGUAGCCGUGCCCGAAACGACGUCUGCUCUUAUGAAUCCCUUUGAACAUCAGCGUCAGGAUGGUCAACGACGGAGACGACUUGCGGACGCCGAUUAUGGUGCGUCGAGUAGCGAGUCAGACGGGUAUGAAAUGCAGCAGACGGCAUAUGAACCUAGACACCACCAAGGAGCCAACACUAGCUCAGAAGAUGGCCCCAGAUACCCGAUAAAUACCGCUGCUUAUCAGCCUCCUGACCAGAGGACACCAUCACACAGUCCAGCUCUCGAGCGUCACCCAGCAUCCAUGGUCAAGUCAUAA